AACCCUUUCUUCUUCAAUUCUUUAUUCCAGACAGUCGAUGCUAAGAACUAUUGUAAAAUAUGCGAUGUGACAUUCUCGAAUCCGGAUCUAGCUACGAAACAUUAUGUGGGUAAAGACCACGCUAAUCGGCAGCUCCAGGUCCCCGUUCCAGUUACCAAGGAGAAUGUGUUUGAAUGCACUCUCUGUAACGUAACCGUGACUAGCCAGGAAACGCUGAACACCCAUUUUAAUGGCGCCAAACACAGGGCCAAGGUAAAGAAUGCAGAGUUUUCUGGAAGUGAAGGAAAAGACACUGGUAGAACACGAGGAGGAAAUAAUAGUAGAGGGAGAGGGGGGACAGGACCAACUGCUGCUAAACUCAUGGAUUUCAGUCAAGAUGAAGAAAACAGCAGGGGAAGGGGCAGAGGAGGUGCCCGGGGACAUGGAGGAUUUGGAGCAGAUCCUGGAAGACACAUGGACUUAAAUGAAGAUAUGGAUAGAGGCGCAAUGAGAGGUGGAAGAGGUGGCAGAGGUCGACAACCAAUGAACUUAAUGGAUAAGCCUGGAUUUGGCAGACCUGAAUUUGAUGAGCCUGGAUUUGGCAGACCUGAAUUUGAUGAGCCUGGAUUUGGCAGACCUGAAUUUGACUUCAAUGAAGGUAUGGGUAGAGGAUCAAUGAGAGGUGGAAGAGGUGGCAGAGGUCGACAACCAAUGAGCUUAAUGGAUGAUCCUAGAUUUGGCAGACCUGAAUUCGGUAGACCUGAAUUUGACGAACCUCGAUUUGGUAGACCUGAUUUCGACGAUCUUGGAUUUGACAGACCUAGGGGGAUGCCAGGAUUCAGAGGCCGUGGUGGACGUGGGCGUGGAGAUCCCAUGUGGGAACAAAACAGAGAUUUCCCGCCACCUUUUCAUCCAGAUGGAAGGCAGCCUGAUGAUUUUGAUCGUGGUCCAACGCCUCCUAAGCGCGCAAGAAGAUUUGCACUCAACAAUUUGUAAAUUCUCACAAGUGCUACCUGAACACAUCUACUCUCUGCCAUCAGUUCACCAUUUUGUAUAUAUUUGUAAAUAAUGAAACGCGAGAUGCUGAUGUAAAUAUUAAAUAUUGUUCAAAUACUGAAUAAUUAUGUCAUUAAUUAGAGCGUUAUUUUUCAUAGGUCAUGUUUUUAAUUUAUUCAUAUCAAAUCUCCUGUUUAUUAUGGAAAAUUAAGAUGUGAUUAUCCUAGGUUUUCAAUCUGAUUAAAGCACAGAUCCUAUUUCGUUUCAGGGUGCUUGGAUGGCUGAAUGGUUAGCACAUGCGCGCUGUACCAUAAAGUCUGUCAUUGAGACAACUGGCGUGGUUUCGAUUCCCCAGUUGUAUGUAAAAAGGAGUAGGGUUGGCUGUCUAAGCUCGUGGGUUUUCUCUGGGCCCUCCGGUUUCCUUCCACUGCUAAAGACCCCUAGACGCAAGCGAAUUAUGGAAAUAAAGUUGAACCAUAUGUUAGUCCCGAAAUUACCUAAUUUGUGUCAAACGGACGCUAAACCCCAUUUUUCUCUCUCUCUGUACCAUAAAGUCUGUCAUUGAGACAACUGGCGUGGUUUCGAUUCCCCAGUUGUACGUAACAAGGAGUAGGGUUGGCUGUCUAAGCUUGUGGGUUUUCUCCGGGCCCUCCGGUUUCCUUCCACUGCUAAAGACCCCUACACGCAAGCGAAUUAUGGAAAUAAAGUUGAACCAUAUGUUAGUCCCGAAAUUACCUAAUUUGUGUCAAACGGACGCUAAACCCCAUUUUUCUCUCUCUCUAUUUCGUUUCGUUUUUUUAUAGUUCAAAAUUUUGUUUUACUUGCCUUUACUACACUAAAAACUGGAAAAGUUGUGAUAUAAUCCGAGUUCUGGAUGAGUUAAGGGAUUAGCCAAUGUUACGGUGAGUUCUUAGGGGUGAGGUGCACGGAACUUUGGGUAAACCCCUAGAAACAUCGACGUUGAUUGAUUAAUUAAUGUCUGACGUCAUAUGGUCAAAAGCCAGUUGUACAACCCCUGACGUGACCUUCCAUUACAUCUAGUCAGAUCUUCAUGUAGUGUAGGCCAUCGAAAUUAUAAAAAAAAAAACGAAAUAUAGAUCUGUACUUUAAUCAGAUUGAUCGAGAUAAAAAUAACGUUAUCUUUUAAAGUCUUCGAUCAUAGUUUGAGGGAUUGAAGAAUCAAUUUACAAACUACGAUACCAAUUCCGUUCAGUAUUUACAAAGAUAUGAUGAAUUGAAAUUUUGUCAAGAUCAGACACACCAACUGCUGAUGAUGAUGAUGAUAUACUAAUGCCAAAAGAAAGUAUACACACUAAAAAUAUGACUAAGUUUUGUUUAAAUCAAAAAAAUGUGACAAAACUACACUGAACAUGUCUCGUGCUUCCAAACUCAAUAUUUCUAAGCAAAUAAAAGGCAAAACAAAUGGAAAUUGUACCCAAAUACCGCAUACACUGGAAAAAUGACUUUGUUUGAAGCAGGACAAAAUGCACAGUGUAUACUUUCUUUUGGACAUCAGUAUAUAUACAGAAUAUAGUCAAAUAUAAUCUUCACCCAAGUCUUUUUUAAUGGUAAUGGACCUCAUUUUAAACCCAUAGGAUCCAAGCUAGGAGAUUGUCAAUUGUUAAUAUUUGAUUGUCUUAAUUUGAGUACAUUAUAUAUUGUCCGAAAAAUACAAAUGACGAUUAGGUUGGUUUAACUGUUCGGUCUAGGUAAUAAAAACCGCAAGUCAUAUUUGUGUUUUUAGACCAAUUUGUUUUUUUUAAAAAAAAGAAUUUGUGUUUAUUUCAUUUGUUUUAUAUUUACAUUUUAAGAAUAUUUUAUCAUCGGACCCGCAGUGGCUCAGUGAGUAAGAUGCUGACUCGCUAACCUGGAUGUUUUGGGUUCGCUGCUGGAGUUGGCUGAGAAAGUUCAUCUGUAUUUUCUGGUGUGUUUUCCACUUGUCACUGGUGCAAGACGAAGGCCCAACAAGGGCAGCUGUCUAGUCAUUCGGAUGGGACUAAAAAGCAAGGUCAAUUGUACACAUUUGCAAGCAUAUGAAAGAUCCCUUGACAGUUGGAAUUUGAUAUAGGAGUAGGUCGUAGCCCGGGCAAAAUUUCCCUCAUAGCACACUGUAUGGCGUAUGCCUGUCUUACUCUUCAUUAGCCCAGUCAGAGCAAAACAGUAUGACGUUAAACCACAUUUCCUUUGCAUCUUUUAUCAUUCAUUAUUAAAUUAUCUUUUUUCUGUGUACAUAAAUCAGUGUUUGUGUAUGAAAAAUAUUGUAUCGAUGUUUAGAUGAAUGCUUGCCUCUUUGGGUUUUAUAGUUGCUAGCUGAAUCAAAAAUUAAAUUUAUUUGUUACCUAGUCAAUAAUUCAUUGACUAUUUCUUAAUCUUCAGGAGCUUGUUUCACAAUGUGUUAGUAAAGUAAACAUUAAGUUUGUUUUUUUUAAGUGUGUUUAAGUUCCAACAUGUUCUGUGUGAAAUGAGAUUGUGGAAUAUACAUACAGACCCAGGCAGACUCAUUCAUUAUGCGUUUCAUAUAUCAACUCAUAUGAUCAUCUAAGAAAAUAUCAUAUAAUACAUUACAGUUUUAAAAAUAUGAUACAAAAACAAGCUAAAAGGUAAUAUAAAAUUGCUUCAUAUAUAAUUAUGUUACUUGUGAUAUUUCAAGAAUAUGUUAUGGUACUUGUUUCAUGACCGUGAAAGUUCAAUUCAACAAUGUAAAUUAAUAAAGAUAAAUAAAUGAGUAACAGGCCGUUCUAACCAACUAACUAAAUUACAUUUGAUGAAAGAUGAAAAUUAAUUAAUAUUAUAUAGGUGAAAAUGUGGAUACAGGUGUAUAUAUAUAUAUAUAUUUUAGUAUAAAAUCCAAAUCAGUUAAAUUGUUCGUUCUUCAUGGUCUUAUAAAUCAAAAGCCACUCAAAUCUCUUUCAAUAAUUGGAAGAAAACUUUUAAUAGUUGCGGAAGUUCAAGUUGGUGUACAUGUACAUAUCAUAAAGAAAUAUCAUGCAAGAUUUAGAGAAAGAAAUGUCCGUUCUUGCUAUAAUAAAUAAUUUAAAAUGAUUAUAGAAAACUUCAGUCAAACGACUUUAUUCUGAAUGAAUCAUUCUAUAAUAGAUGAAGAAAAAUUAAUAUUAAAAAUUUCAGUCAAUAAGUGAAGUUAAGAAUGUUUGAAGUUAUGACAAGAAUAGCCAUGUUUGGGUCUAUCUGCAUUUUUGUAAUAGAAUGGUAUACGUAAAUAUUAUGGAUAUUUAGAAGAUAUUUUAUUGUAUAUUAAGUUUUAGAUGUUAUAUUUGAUUCAUCUGAAAUAUAUUUUGUUUUUGUAUAUAUUUGUAAACCAGUAUUUGAUUAUUUCAUUCACAUUGUUCAGUAUUCCUCCAAGUUAUGCUCCAUUCAUAUAAAACAAUACUCUGGUCCUCACAUAAUCCUGCAUGGCUUAAAAAGGGCUCAGGACCCAUUUUCGUUCAGGAAAUAAAAGCAGUCUAUUUAAUUUCCCCACGUAUUUUACUCCGGUCGCUGGUAGUAAAUUUGAAUCAAUCCAAAAAUAUUCUGAAGAUUUACAGUGUUUAGUUAAUACUGUAAUGUAGUUAACUAUAAAACUGCAGUGUGUAGUUAUUACUGUAAUGUAGUUAACUAUAUCACUCCAGUGUGUAGUUAUUACUGUAAUGUAGUGAACUAUAUCACUACCCUAUAUAGUUGUUACUGUAAAAUAGUUAUUACUAUAACUCUAUACAGGUAACUAUGUUGAUACAUUGUGUAGUUAUUGAGUUUUCUGUAUUAUACUAGGACCUGGAAAUUCUGGUUUCCGUCAUAUAUAUACUUACCUGUUAGCACCGACUGAAAAUGCCAUGAAAUACGAUAACUGUAUAUUACAUAGGUUAAGUAACUAAUUGGCUAGCCUAGUUAUAGUGAAGCUGUUGUGUUUAGUAUUGUUCUACUUGUAAUGUAUGCUUAUUAUUAAAUAUUUUAAAAACC